AGUUUUGGAGAUUAGGUACGUGUUGUGCAACUGUGACAUGUCAAAAUCUUCAGCCAAUCGCGCCAAUUCUUUGUUCGGAGAGAACUCUCGUCAUCAUUCGAAAACACGAGUUUUGGGAACUUUGGCGAAAAUACCAAUAACGGCAACCUUUCCCUUCUUUUGCUGCUUUCCAGUGGUCGAAGCUGAAAAAGACUCAUCACUCUUCUUUCGUACACAUAACUAGCGGUUGCUGCAGGCCGCACAUAUCGCUGGCGACCGCUGCUGGUAGAUGUACUGCUGGUUAGUUCAUCUGCAAAAAAAUUCGAAUAGAAUACACUAAUUUUUUUAAAAAGAUUCCCAAUUUUACCAUCACAAUUUUUUCAAAUACGCUUAUCAAUUGUUGUUGGAAGAGUGGUGCGCACUUGUUGAAAAUGUCAUUUUGUAAUUAUGAUAUAGUGUUUUGCUGAAUAUCUUCGUAUCUCGAUUGAAAUUUUGUUAGUUCCGAAAUCUAAAAUGUGCCAUUAGUUUCGAAAUAAGCAUGGAUCUUUUGUGUUGUGAAUCCCAAAAUCUUACUAGAGCUUAUGAAGACCCUGUGUUAUUAGAAGACUCGAGAGUGUUUGAAAAUUUAUUAGUUCUUGAAGAACGGUAUAUGCUAUCUUCAUGUUAUUUCAAAUGUUUACAGACUGAUUUAAAACCUUUUAUGCGAACUGUUGUAGCAGAAUGGAUGCAAGAGGUUUGUGAAGAAGAACGGUGUCAAGAUGAAGUGUUUCCAUUAGCAGUAAAUUGUUUGGACAGGUUUUUGUCUUUAGUUAGGGUAGAUAAAAGUCAUUUGCAACUUCUAGGGACUGUUUGCCUUUUUUUAGCAUCAAAAUUACGUCAAAGCAAACCUCUCACAGCGGAAAGGCUAUGUCUGUAUACAGACCAUUCCAUAACAGUUUCACAAAUAAUCAGCUGGGAACUAUUAGUCCUAAACACACUAAAAUGGGACCUGUCUGCCAUCACACCUUUCGACUUCGUAGACCACAUUCUGAGGAGGUUGCCAAUCGUCCGAGGGGUUGAUCUCGUCAAGAGGCAUACGCACACGUUCAUAGGACUUUGCACGACAGAUGUUAAAUUUGCUAUGUAUCCCCCUUCCAUGAUUGCUGCUGCAAGCAUUGGCGCCGCCAUCCAUGGCCUGAAUGCCAGAUUAGAAAAGGAAUGGUCUUCUCCCAAAGAAGUACUUUCAAGGCUACAUGAUAUUACAGGCAUUGAAGUGGAUUGUCUUAGAGCUUGCUGGGAACAAAUUGAAGAAAGCCUAAUGAACCGCAUUACUUCUGCAAGGUCUAUGGCCCCAUGUGUAACUAUACCUUUAGGGGUAACGAGUCACAAACUUGCCGAACAUCAUGAAGAACCUCAGGACAUAGUACAAGCAGAAACUCCAACUGACGUUCAGGACGUGCGAUUUUGAUGCAGUAUUUUUCUGUGCUUUGAAAAGACCUUGUGCUGAAAUGGUGAUAGGCGGAUGGACAUGUCACUUUGCUAGUCAUAGAAACCAGACUGUUAGAUGGAUAAGUCAUUGAAUGUAGAAGAAAGUGCUGAUUAUGCCAUUCGAUCACAGGCUGUGUGAAACCUUUUGGUUGUAAUAAUGGUUUGGAAAGAUGACUUUUUUAAAAUAUUAAUGGCAUUUUAUCUGCAAAAACAAAUGUUCCAAAAAAUCUCAACCAUACGUGAUAAAAAAAAUCUCAACCAAAAAGUAUUUUGUUAAAUUUUUUUCAGGCACUCAUGUUUUCCCCGAAUACACUUCAUUUUCUAUAAAAAUUUUUAUUUCUCAGUAAGAUUUGUUCUGGAAAAAUUCAUAAAACUAAAUCCUAAGUAUCAGCAUGAGUCACUCAGUAGUAAUAAAUUUUUUCCCCCCAAGUCAAAUUCCUUCAAGCAUGUUUUAAAAUGAAAAGGCUUUUUCCAGUAGUAAGUUGCUUGGAAUUUUUUUAGACCAGGGGCUAAACAUUGAGCUUUAAACUAAAAAGUUCAAGAGAAUUUUUUGUUUUGCAUAUAAAUUAACCCAAUGGAAUCGGAUUUAAAUGCUUAGCAUAUACCUGUGACCAAUCAUCGAAAUCAAUGGUGCGUACAAAACUUGUCAUAUGAUUUCAAUGGGUUAAUGAAACCUUAAUUUUCAUGGUUAAUGCAAUUUGGAUUACUUUCUUUUAAAAGUCAAAUCAGCAACAUGGCUUUAAUUUAGUCAGUGGUUUGUUCACGAGGAUUAUAGUUUCUGUUCAUUCCAUCGCAAUUUUUGAAAUGUUCUGUAUUUAGUGGACCAAAUGAGUGUUUAGUUAUGAAAUGUAAAUAUUAUAAAGAAAGGUAUGAAUGACAACCGACGUAAAAAAAAAAAAAAAUACUGCACAAGCAGUUGAUUUUGAUAAAUUAUGUACAUAAACUAAAGCAUUCACUAAUGCAAUUAUUUUCUACCUUGCUGUUUUUUUAUAAGCUACUAUACAAGUUAUUCUUUCAUUUGUUAGCAUAUUGUUGAAUACCAACCCUUUGCACUGGAAACAAGUUGAGCAUAUGUAAUGUAGUUUGGUACUUGAUGCUUGCUAAGUUGUUGAGCGACCUUAAAGAUGUUCCCAAGUGCAAAGUGUUAAUAUUGUCGGGUAAAUGGCAUUCAAAUUUUAAGGCAUUUUACAGAUUUAGGGCAUUUUAUAUACAUGUAUUCAAUUUACAUCUACUGUAUGCAUUUCAAAAGAGUGGAAUGCAUUCAUAUUUUUUUUAUUAGUAGCAUUUUACUGCUCUAUAUAAAUAAAAAAGUUGAUUGCAUUUAGUUUUUCUGAAACUAUACAUAUCUUAUUUGUGAAGGAGAGUUUUCUCUAUACAAGAAAAGUCUUGAUUUUAGGACAUUUACUGUUAGUACCAUAUUAAUUGAUAAUUUUGAAUAAUGUACCUUUGAAGGCUGUUCCGGAUCUUCAACUUUGUCUGAGCCGAGUCAAAAUUUUGAAAUGGCAGCCCUUAUUUCCACCACCUUCCCUUAAGUUUUAAAAAAAUAAACGAGAAAUAGGGGAAAUUGCCGCUUACACAAGUUGAGGACCAGGGCAAAGACCCCUGGUAUCAGCACAGUUUGAAGGUUAUUGUUCUUCAAACUUUCUUUUUUAAUAUAUAUGUCAUUCUUGUACAAAAAAUGUUAAACAUAACGUUUAUACACUUUUAAAAAAACUUUGAAAUUAGAAAAGCACUAUUGAACAAUUUAUAAUGAUAUAUAACUUAUAAUACAGGGUUGCUGUUGACAUGCUGUACUGCACCAAAACCCUAAAUUCAAAAUAGGAUGCAAAAAUUGCAUCCCGCAAGACCAUUUUUUCUUGUGAGGACCCAUUUUUACUAAGAUGGCAGUAUCCAUGGAAAUUAAGUUUAAUAAGAGCAUCCCACUUUUAAAAAAAUUUGUAAGUGCCUUAACCAAUGGACCAAUGCCAAUAUUUUUAACUUGUGAAAAUUUAGUAUUAAUGUGAAGUUGAAUAUUUAACCCUAUUCAAGAAAUGAACUGAUCAAUUUGUGUCUUUCAUAUUACUUGAAAUAUUGCAUAAACUUGCAAAGUUUGUUUCCUUUUUUUCUUCAGAUCAAUUAGGACCACUUUAAUUUUCUUCCAAUUGCAACUAGCUCAAAAAUAUUAAAUAGUAUGAUUGGGAAUAGAGGUGAAUACUUUGAAAAUGAUUGAAUUUGGGGCUUUUUAUAAUCAUUGUAUGGGUAGAAAAAAGAGAAGCAAAUACUAAGUUCGGCACCUAGAAUCUGUUGAAAUACAUGCACAUUCUACCAAAUGAUCUUGACGUAGGUUACACAAUUAAUCGUUGAUGCUUGAAUAGGGUUGAUUACAGAGUCUUUUCUAGUCUAAGAUGCAGAUAAUGGAGUUAAGGAAAAAUACAUAUUUUUAAAGAAUUAUUAUUCUUUUGUUUUUACAACCUUUAUACAGAACACUGUACACUUCAAAUAAAAUUUCUUUGCUUAAUAUAAGUAAACAUGUUAAGUUUCAAUUUAAUUUAGUGAGAAUGAUUUAAAUACACUGUCAUUCAAGAAUCUCAAAUGUAUUUCAUCACUUAGAAAAGUAAAAACUCAAUUUAAUUUUAAUAUUAAUUAUAGACAUAUUAAUUGAUAACUAAAUUUUAUUGAUAUGCAAAAAAAUUCCCAAGAAGUUCCACUACCUUAUUUCCCUUCCUGUAAGCUGAAGUUUUGUCUAGGGUUGUAAAAUUGUCAAAUAUAUCAGGGAUUUUAAAAACAUCUGCAAGUUUUUCCAGUUCCUACCUCGAUUUGUAUCAUAUUAUCUGCUUUCAUUGUGUUGUGAUCAGUGUAAAUUUGAGAUAUUCCUAAAAUUUGCAGGUUUUAAACUUAAAAUAACUUAAAAUCAGUAAUUGGAAUCAAUACAUGCAUUCAAAUUAAACAGAGUAAAUUUUUCAGAUAAAAAGAAGCUGUAGUUAAGUAGAUUUUCACUUUUUGCUUGCGUUAACGAUAGAUAAGACAAUAUAAUGGAUAAUAUUGCAAUGUAUGAUCUACCGCUUUUAGUAUUUUACCCAUUUUAGUUGCUGGAUAUAUCCACACUUGCUUAACUAAAGAGCGGUCGACUACAUACCACUACAUUAUCAAUUCAAGUUUAGUUUCAUGUUAGCUUCAAGGGCAAAUUUUCCUCCCAUUUGGGAAAAUAUCUCAAAGAUAUUUUAUUUGUUGCAACUGAUGUUAUAUUCUUACCCUGUUAAACACUUAACAGUUGAUUGAUUGUUAUGAGUUGCACUGUUAAAACUGUUAAUGUUUGCCAGAACUUGUUCUGUAAUUCACUGUUAAUGUAUUCACUAAGAUGUUGUCUGUUAAGUUGUUCCAAUCGAAUCUGCUAAAAUUAGUUGUAAAUAUUUGUAUAUGUUUUUUCUACCUCUUAACAAUAAAAUGAUUAGUGAUAUUGAACAAAUCUUGAAUUUAAAGAACUUUUGCCAGGUUUAUUCUUGCAAUUGGAUUUUUAUUCCUCUGAUUUUGUAAUGUAAUAGUGUUUGAAAAAAAAAAUGUUCAAAUCAAAUAGUGGCAAUAAUAACUCGCAGAAUUUGAUAAAAUGCAAUUUUUUUUCCUUACUAAGACUUGUUCCUUUCUUGAAGAGUUAAAAAUAAAAAAAUUAUCGUUUUUUUUGUAAAGUUUUUGACAUUUGUACAGGGUUCAUGAAUGCAUAAGAAUAUUGUUAAAAUUAUUUCAUCAUACGUAAAAACUAAUGGCAAUAUUGUUGGGAUUUUCAGUGUAUGCUGUAUUUGCUGUGUAUCAUAGCUCUUGUGACAUCAGUCAGAUAGCUAUUAUCUGAAACAAUUGAUCAAGGAUGAAGUGCAAAUAAAAAGAUUUCAAAUUUU